UGAGUGGAGUCGCACUACAGCCACCUGAAGAUUCCGCACGACCUGUAACACGAGCGGUGGAGCGCAAGUAUGGCAGAAGAGCUAGAUGGGGGAGGGUGAGGUGAGAAGAUGCCGGAAUCAUUCGGGAGAGGGAAGUUCACCAUGUCGAACGGAGUCGAAGGGAGGUCCGCAUGCCCCUACGAAAGUCUUCCAGGACAGAGCGGCACCAGGGCUCGAUCUCAGUCCCGGGACAUGUCACCAUCCUCUCUUGAGUCCUUUGGCAGUAUGGACAGUCGGUCGCCCAGAGAUCCUGGGCUUCUCAUCGAAAUGACAGCCGCCGUUGCAGGAGUCGUCCCCGACGACACAUUCACUGUUGACCAGGCAGUGAAUGCCCUUGGAUUUGGCCGGUUCCAGAUCAAGUUGUCACUCAUCACAGGAUUAUGUUGGAUGACAGACUCCAUGGAGAUGAUGAUCCUGAGUGUUUUGGCUCCUGCCUUGCAUUGUGCCUGGGGGAUCAGUGAAUGGAAGCAGGCUUUUGUGACCUCGAUGGUGUUCAUGGGGAUGAUGCUGAGUUCUCCAUUCUGGGGGAAUUUCAGUGAUCGCUAUGGUCGUAAAAUGGGAUUGUUGAUAGCAUCGUGGCUGUUAUCAUAUUUUGGGCUUCUGAGUGCGACUGCCCCCACAUACGUGUGGCUUGUGCUUCUACGUGGCCUUGUUGGCUUUGCAAUUGGCUGCGUCCCUCAGUCGGUAACACUCUAUGCUGAGUUUCUACCUCUAACGCAAAGGGCCAAGUGUGUUGUUCUUCUUGAUUGCUUCUGGGCUAUGGGUGCUUGCUUUGAGGUGCUUCUGGCCUUGUUUAUCAUGCCAACCCUUGGCUGGAGGUGGCUCCUAGCCAUCUCAGCUAUUCCAGUCUUCAUCAGCGCCUUCAUCUGCUGUUGGAUGCCAGAGAGUGCGAGGUAUCAUGCAACCAGUGGUCAGUCAGAGAAGGCCCUGAACACAUUGAGGGCAGUGGCAUCAUCCAAUCGGAAGCCGAUGCUUCUUGGUCGACUCAUUGUGGAUGACGUAGAGCAGUGGCGACGUGGACGCAUUGCAGAUCUUCUUGUCCCUGAACUCAAGUGGACUUCUCUCAUUCUCUGGUUUAUCUGGUUUACCUGUGCAUUCUGCUACUAUGGAGUGGUGCUGAUGACUACAGAGUUGUUCGAGCUCCAGAGCCGACAAGGAAUGGAAGGCACUUGCUUGGCAGUCCCUGCUCUUGUGUCUCAUCCAACAGAUCCUGUUUGCAAUGCUCAGUGCAAGGAACUUGAAUCCUCUGACUAUGUUGACCUUCUCUGGACUUCUCUUGCUGAGUUUCCUGGUAUCCUGCUGACACUCUUGAUCAUUGAGUGGCUGGGCCGAAAGCGUACAAUGGCCCUUGAAUUCUUUGUGUUUGCCCUCUCCGUUGUUCUCCUCUUCUUCUGCUAUUCAGGGAGGACAGCAUUGACAGCUAUACUGUUCGUGGCCCGUGGAGUAGUCGCUGGAGUAUUCCAAGCUGCAUAUGUUUACACACCUGAGGUUUACCCUACAAGCCUAAGAGCAGCAGGUGUGGGGACAUGUAGUGGCCUGGCUCGCAUGGGAGCUAUGGUCACACCCUUCAUUGCCCAGGUGCUGAUACAUGAAUCCAUUCAUGUGGCAACAGCGAUGUAUGCAGGCCUGGCCCUCCUGGCCAGUGUGGCCUGUUUACUCCUCCCAAUUGAGACCAAAGGACGUGAAAUGACCGAUUCCCAUACCUGAUGGCUUCCAUCGCUCUUCAGAUACACUACAGUAAAACCCUGUUUUUAUGACAUGUGCCACAGAGAUGCUGGAUAUAUUGCCAUAUAGAUUGCAAUUGUUCCUGGUUCUCUCUGUUUCCCCCAAGUGAACCUUUAUCUUUUGGUUUGCACUUUUAAUAUCUACUGUGUAUGAUUGAAGAGAUGUAAGAAAUGCAUGGGGUGCAGGAAGACUUUUUCCAGUUAUAUUUUCUUAUGCCUCAGAGCUCAUUCAUUCUACUACUUCCCAUAGUUCCAUGUGUGAUUCUACAAACUUUCUUGAUGGUAGAACCCCCAUUGCAAAUUUUGAGCUAAACCAAGAAAGUGUUUGAAAAAGUUUUUGUUGUAAGCUGGAAGGAGAGUGAGUAGUGUUACGGAAUCUAUUUUUUCAAUGUAAUUUUGCUAAAUGGAUUUCUUUUAGCAUUGUGCUUUUCCAGGAUAUAAGUGUUUUGCUGCACCAAGAAUUUCACUGAAUCAAUAUCAGAUUUUAUUAUAAUAGGGUUUUACUGUACUCUUUUGCUGAGAGUGGACAUUCUGUGAUGACAAAAAAUGCCAAUGUCUGGAUAUGAGAUGUUAUUGAGAACAUAGGAUCUAAAGAGAGUUUUGGAUAGUUGACUUUCUAAUUUAAUUUAAGAUUGCAGUGACCAGACAACUAAGAAAAUGGGGUAUCAAAUGAAAGCUCAUUUAAGGAGAAUUAUUUCUAACUUCAACCAGUCCUACUCUUUAGUAGUUCAAAUUGAAGUUUAUGUGCAUCAAGUCAUGAGUUGAUACCUUUCAGUCUUUCCUCAUCUGCAUGGUUGACUGGCCUUGCCAAUGAUACAGAUCUAAUCCAUAUGGACUCUUCUUGUGGGGAUAUUUGAAGGCUGGCUAGUACUGGGAGUAUGCCAAAUAGUCCAUCUUUAAAUCCUGUUCCCAAACUUCAAGACAUGCUGGCAUCUGCUUUGACAAACGAGCAAAAUCAUGAAAAAUUCAUCAAAGUCAGGGGGGAAUAGAGCUUUUACUGCUUUUUUUAUUAUGGAGAAAUUGGUUGAGCUUAUGAAAAAUUCAUCUUGGAGCUUUCCCUUGAUACUUUAUCCUUCUCAGUUGCAUAACUACAGCAUCACUGCCAAAUUAAAUUAAUUAGUUGAUUUAGACAUCCUAAAAACAUAUUACUGUAGCAUACCAGACGGCUGGCAAAUAACAUGUCUUCCCUUUGUGGUGUUAUGAAGAAGUUCCUUGUAUUUUUAUGGCUAUAUUUUAUGAACUUUAUAUAUGGUUUCUUCAAUAAAGCAGCUCUGCAGUUGGC